UCCUAGUUUUUUGUAAUUGGCGGCCAUCUUGUUUUGUGAUUUUGCAUUGGUGAACGAAUAAAUAAUUAUAUCUGUCAUAGCUGUUGUUUUCGUAAAAUUGUUACGAAACUCCAGUAUCAUAUUUGUGUAGCGGUCACAUCAGCUACUAGCUGGACUUUUCCAUUCUAAAGGGAUCGAGAAUACCUGUGCCAUUAGUUACCUGAAAGUUUUGCAAGUAUUGACUCUGACUGAACUGUGCGUACACAAUAUUUAUAUGUGUGUGUUGGUGUUUACGCGGGUAAUUUUCAAUUCUGACUAAAAGAAAAUGAUGGGAAAGCGAAUGCACCACAACAGUAAAGGCAGAAUGAGUAGUAAAGGCUAUGAUAAUAGUAAACCUUCAAGUCCUGGAGUGUCACCUUACAAUAAACCUUCCAAAAUACCAGGCGGAGUGUCUCUAGGAAAGACAAAAGUAGAUAAUUUGUGUCCAAUACCAUACAUAAGGCAACAGGAUAAUGCUGUAACUUUGCCAAGAUUGACUGGAAUUUUAGCAAGAUCUGCUGAUGAACCCAUUGGUAUGGAUGAACUAGAUGCUUUACAAUUGGAGUUGGAAUCCCUUCUAUGUAACACUGCAUUACGAAUCAGAUAUUUUCAGGGAGAAAUAGAAAGCAUUGAUACCAAUGAAUCAAAAAGAGAAAAGAAAAACAAAGCUGCUGGUAAACAAUUACAGUAUCCCAUAAAAAGGAAAUUCCCUGAAGACAAGUUGGUAAAAACUAAAGAUUGCACAAAACUAUCCAACCAACCAAAGGUCCCUAAACUAAAAAGUUUUGGGGGAUCUUCAGGUGUUGCACAGAAUUAUUUAAAUGAUAACAUUAAUUCUGAAAAUUCAGUUAAAUUGGAUUUAUCUCAACUAACAUUACCAAAGAACAAUAUCCCUUACAAGUUUUGGAAUUCUGUGGAGCCGUACUGUGCACCUGUGACGUUGGAUGACAUUAGAUUCCUUGAAUCUCUAAUGGUGCAGAGUAGCAAUACAACUCUACCACCAAUCCCACCACUGGGAAAACAUUAUUCUGAAGUGUGGGCAGAUGAGCAUAUCUCAGAAGAUCAGAAUGCUUCAAAUCCAAACAAACAGAGAGCCUCUGGGUGGUCCCCUGAUGCUUCAAAUUUAAGGAAGAAGUUUGAAAAAUCUUCAGACAAUAAUAUGAUAACUGGUCCAUUGACUCAAAGGCUGGUUUCAGCUUUGAUGGAAGAGAAUGUGAUGCCUUAUGAAGUCCCUGAUAUCAAAGUAAAACAGACAACAAACACAAAGAAUUCAUACAAGAACUCAUUGACCUUAGAGAAAUGUUUGAGAAAGGAAUUGGUAGAGCAGGGUAUUUUGGACCCUGAAGAUCUACCCCCACUCACUAACCCCGCUGAUGAUGAAAUUUUGGCAGAAAUUAAAAAAUGCCAAACAGAAUUGACUGCAGUGAGAAAAGAAAAUUGUCGUAAUCUCAAAAAUCUGAUUGGUUUGUGUAAACAAGAAAUGAUAAGAUUGAAUCUAAAGAAGCAGCUUGAUCAAGUAGAUAUGGAAUGUAUUGACACAUAUAAGAAGAUGGUUGCUGCAAAACAAAAGAAGAGACCUAUUACCAAAAAGGAAAAGGAAGAUGCUUGGAGAGCAAUAAAUGAACAGAUAAGAUUAAAUAAAGAAAUUAAUGCCUUGCCUUUGACUGGACCAAAUACUAGUUAAACUAUUAUUAUCAAACAUAGUUGUUAGGUAUAUGCCUAAUAUUGCUUAAACGCUUGGUUAUUAUUAUUGGUUAUAAUUCAAUUAAAAUUGAUUUGGAAA